UAUGCCCGGAAUCCGGGAGGUGGCGAGCAAAGGAGCCGGGAGGACGUGACCCACGCCCGCUGCAGGCCGCGCUCGGGUGUCCCUAGAGACAAGGCUGCGCGGGUGGCGUGCCCCCCAUCCCUGCCUUCCAGCCCUCGGCUCCCACCGCCUUUGCCGCCCCUACCCCUUUCCCCACCCCCAUCUAGCGGGAGGGGCGGGCCCACUCCGCCCUCCAGUCCCGGCCCCCACCUCCCGCUCCGCGGGCUGGGCUGGGCUGCGCGGCCGGCUGAGCGGCUCCCGGCCUUUUUUGGGCGUCUCCUCUCUCUGUGCGCGGACCUGCGGGCGGGCGCUCGGCUUUCGGCGGCGGCGGCGGCGGCGGCGGCGGCAGCGGCUCAGGGGGUCCCGACGCGGCCCCGGUUCAGCGCGCGCAGCCACCAUGACGGGAAGUUUGAAGGUCGGAAGUACUGCGAACAUGACUUCCAGAUGCUGUUUGCUCCGUGCUGUGGGUCAUGCGGUGAAUUCAUCAUUGGCCGUGUUAUCAAGGCCAUGAACAACAACUGGCACCCUGGAUGCUUCCGCUGUGAGUUGUGUGACGUGGAGCUGGCUGACCUGGGCUUUGUGAAGAAUGCAGGCAGGCAUCUGUGCCGUCCUUGCCACAACCGCGAGAAGGCCAAGGGCCUGGGCAAGUACAUCUGUCAGCGGUGCCACCUGGUCAUCGAUGAGCAACCCCUCAUGUUCAGGAAUGACGCCUACCACCCGGAUCACUUCAACUGCACCCACUGCGGGAAGGAGCUGACUGCAGAAGCCCGGGAGCUGAAGGGCGAGCUCUACUGCCUGCCGUGCCAUGACAAGAUGGGUGUGCCUAUCUGUGGGGCCUGCCGCCGGCCCAUCGAGGGCCGUGUGGUCAACGCAUUAGGGAAGCAGUGGCACGUGGAGCAUUUUGUCUGUGCCAAGUGUGAGAAGCCAUUUCUGGGGCACCGACACUACGAGAAGAAAGGCCUGGCCUACUGUGAGACCCACUACAACCAGCUCUUUGGGGACGUCUGCUACAACUGUAGCCACGUGAUCGAGGGUGAUGUGGUAUCAGCCCUCAACAAGGCCUGGUGUGUGAACUGCUUCUCCUGUUCCACCUGCAACAGCCGGCUCACCCUGAAGAACAAGUUUGUGGAGUUCGACAUGAAGCCCGUGUGUAAGAGGUGCUAUGAGAAGUUCCCGCUGGAGCUGAAGAAGCGGCUGAAGAAGCUGUCGGAGCUGGUGGCCCGCAGGGCACAGCCCAAGUCCUCAGGCCUCCACUCUGCCUGAGAGGCCACCUGCCCAUGUCCUGCUCCAGACAGCAACGCUUCUGCAGGCGGCUUUGCUCCCCACCAGCAUCCUGUAUAUGUAGCCUCUUCAUCUCCCCUCUCCCCGUCUCUCUGCUCAGCAUCCCUCCUCCUCCUUCUGGUCCCUCACCCCCACCUCCUACCCAGGCAUCCUUCCUCUCCCUCCUUCCUGCAGCCCCGGGUUAGGGCACUGGAUGUGGUGAGCCUGCGACAAGGUCUGCAUCCACAGCUCCAACCCAAGAAGCAAACUGGGGCCGGGGUUACCUAGCCCAGCCUGUCCUGACCUGUUCCAUCCCCAUGGGCGGCUUCGUGGCUCAUAUUCUCUGUGACAGCUUAGCCAGCCUCCCCCCUGCAGGGGGCCCCACAUGUGCACGUGGCAUGGGUGUGGCACCCAGCCAGGCAGCCACCCCGGCAGCUUGUCUGUCCCACGACCACGUGCUCAACCUGCUGCCAGGGCACGUGCUCACUCUCCCUAUGCAGCCUGGGGCCAGGAGGUGGUGGGCUCUGUGGGGGUACAUCCCUGCUCUCCAGAGAGGACAGCACGGGACCUGGCAUCCGACUCACACUUGCACAAUGAAUGAAGGCUUCUUUACACGA